AUGUCUUCAAACAUCUCCAUCACCAACUCUGGUUCUGGUGCCCAGAACGUGGCUGCGGGGAAUGGGUCUCAGUACAACAACAAUGGCAACGGCUCGCAAUUCAACAAUAGCACCAUCCAUGGCUUCUCUCUCCAGGGCCAAAGGAACGACAAGGUUGGGAUUCCCAUGCCGAGCCACGGCCAACCGUCACGUCGCGAAGGUUUUGAAAUCGCCAUCAUAUGCGCCUUGCCACUCGAAUACGACGCCGUGUCUCUCCUGUUCGAUCAGUUCUGGGACGAAGAGGAAGAGCAAUACGGCCGCGCGCCCGGGGAUACCAACACGUAUACCAUGGGCCGUAUCGGUAAGUAUGAUGUCGUGCUGGCAUUGCUUCCUAAUAUGGGCACUGCGGCAGCGGCAGGGGCGGCGGCAGGCGUGCGAUCGAGCUUUCCUCGUCUGAAGCUUGCCUUCCUUGUGGGGGUAUGUGGUGGCGUGCCGGGCACGGGCCCCAACGAGGUGCUGCUCGGCGACGUGAUUAUCAGCAAGACCAUUCAGCACGGCUUGGGCAAGCAAUACCCCGGCGCAUUUGUCACCAAAGAUACCGUCGACGACAACCUUGGCCGGCCGGUCAAAGAGAUUCGCAGCCUGGUCGCUAGUUUCGAGACGGAAAUGGGAAGACAGCGUCUGCAGGAGAAGGCUGGAGUAUAUCUAAAUCAGCUACAGAGUGCAGCGGUGCGCCAGCGUCGUCGAUGCGAUUAUCAGUAUCCUGGUGUGGCCGAAGACAAGCUGUUCGCAGCAACCUAUCAACAUAGACACCGCGCACCGCGGCCGUGCAGCAUCUGCAGCGCAGAGUCGGAUGGCUUCUGCGAGGGAGCUGCUGGGGCGUCUUGUGCCGAACUCCGUUGCGACGAGAAUCAGUUGGUGCCUAGAGGGCGUCUGGAGACUAAGCAGAACCAAGCGCCAGACGACAUGCAGUGCCCCGAGGUUCACAUCGGCCGCAUAGCAUCCGGCGAUACGGUGAUGAAGUCGGGCGAACACCGCGACCGCGUUGCGGCUCAGCACAAUGUGAUUGCCUUCGAGAUGGAAGGUGCUGGGGCCUGGGACGAAGUGCCAUGCAUCGUUAUCAAGGGAGUUUGUGACUACGCCGACAGUCACAAGAAUAAGAAAUGGCAGCCAUAUGCAGCAGCCACGGCGGCGACGGUAAUGAGAGCUGUGCUGGGGCGGUACGCCCCCACCGACAGACUCAACGUCGACUAG